AUGACCGAGAUCUCCACCAGCAUCGCCGCAACUCCCGACAGCACUUCGCAGCUGCUGCAGCCACUCGUCCAGCUGGUUUCCCUCAGGCAUGUGCCGUGCAUCACCCAGAAGGCCUUUGAUGCAGACAUCCUGCCGAUGCUGAAGGAGCAGCUGGGCGACGACCGCCACCCCGACCACCAGCAACAGGCGGCAUCCGCACUGGACGACAUCGCAUCAGUCGGCAUCCCCACUGGACGAAAUCGCAUUGGACGACAUCACAUCCCGCCAGAGAUGCAGGCCGUCAUCGACGCGGGUGCCGUCCCGCACCUCGUGCAGCUGGUGUCGUCACCCGACGAAGGCGUGUGUCUGGCGGCAAUGAAGGCACUGGCCAAUCUCAGCGACCCAAUACUCCUGGGCGAGCAGCGCGGCAACAUUCUGCAACUGGGAGUCCUCGAGCGACUGCAGACGACGAUGCGCGAGAAAACGUCGUUCGUGGUGCUCCGCUUGGGUGCAGACCUAAUGUGGAGGCUGUGCCUCCGGAACCCCCACCCACCCGCAUCCGAUGCCGUCGCGCCGUUCGUGCCCUUGCUGGCCAACAUCAUCCGCACACACUGGCUUCACCAAGAGCGCGGCCUCCUGGAUGAAGCCGUGUCGGCGCUGGCGGCCAUCAGUAACGGCAGGGUCGACGAUGAGCUUCGCGAUGCUGUGGUGGCGACGGGGGUGUGUGAGUGGCUGGUGAAGCUGGCGGCGGGGGAGUGGGCUAUGUGUGGAAUUCCAGAGAACGCUUUAACUGUGUUAGCCAACAUUGCACAAGGUCAGUUGCCCUGACGCAGAGAGGGGGAGAGGGGGAGAGAGUGUUGUGUGUCCAUGCAGGUACCGAUGCCCAUCGUGACGUGCUGGCUGAGUGUGGUGUCAUCCCACGGCUCAGCAAGCUGCUGGAGCCACCGGCGACCAACGAGAUCAUGCACCAGCAGAUACCGACGAGCAACGAGGUCUUGCGGCAGCAGCAACCGACGACCAACGGGUUCUGGCUCCGUCUUCGCGCGCUGCAUCUCGCGCGAGCGCACUACACUGCCUGUCAUAUUCUCACGAGUAUGAUCAAUGAGGGUAAGAACGAAAUACCAGCAAUCGUCCCUGAUUGCAAACGUCACCCGUGUGUCUGUGAAUGAAGGGACGGCUGGCCAUGUCGUGGCGGUCGUCAAUAGUGGAGCAGUGCCGCACCUCCUCGACAUCAUGACGGCGGACAACAUGUAUGCGGCGGUCGUCAAUUAUGGAGCAGUGCCGCCCUUCCUCGACAUCAUGACGGAGAGUGGGCUGGGGAUAGUGCGGUGCAUCAAGCGGCUGGCAGCACGAGCCAUGGAGUACCUGCCGUACACGGCAUCGCAGCAGCAGGUAGGUGGGUGGGGUCGGGGGAACGAAUCACAUUUCUCCACCUGACCUCGUUCGUUCCUCCCUCGAUCCAUCCGAGUGUUCAGGUCGAGCUCACACCGACCAGUGAGGCGGCGGCGCCGAGUGAGGACACCAAACCGACCAGUGAGGCGGCGGCGCCGAGUGAGGACACCAACGCACAGCAGGUGAGGGGCAGACCAAAAGACACUCACCAUCAACGACGCUGACAUUUGUAUGUGUGUGCUGUACGUACGUCACUGUGGCACUGCAGGUGUCCGUAGCCACCGGACCAUCAUACCGUCAGAUCCACUGGAGCGGCGAGCCUCCACCCAUCG